UUUAGGACUCGCAUUUUAGAUCCAAACUAUAAAUCGCCCUGAAGCGUCUCCGUACUAGCCAAAGCGAGUGUACUUUGAGGCCAAGCUAGCCGAGUGGGAAAUGGCGGCACCCUUGACCGAAAUUUGCCAUUAGGUCCUUAAACGUGGACGGAAAAGAACUAUUUGAGCCAGCAGCUCCGCUGCCAAGGAUUGUCUCCGUAAGCACAUCUACAAGCAGCACUGAAACUUUAGGAAGCACAGCCAUCAUGGAUAGCGACAAAGGAAUCUGCGAAGGCACUACAGAAGCUACACUGAAAAAUCCCGGAACGAGUGUGGACUGCUGCUACGAGUGUGGUGUGUGUGGGCAGCGCUUUUCGACCAAGAAGUCUGUAACAAAUCAUCUGGUCGUGCACAAGGGUGACAAGCCGUACGCCUGUGACGUCUGUGGGCUGAAGUUUUUUCAGAAGUUCCCUCUCCUUAAGCACCAGCGCAUCCACACGGGCGCGAUGCCGUAUGCAUGCAAGGUGUGCCCGUCCAAAUUCUGCAGAAAGGAGUCCUUGGAUAGACACCAGCAACUACACGUGAGGGGAGUGGACUUGUGCCACUGCCUCGAGUGCGGCAAAUCUUUCACGUGGACGAAGACGCUGCAGAGGCACAUGAGGUGGCACAAGGUGGAGAAGCCAUACCCGUGCCACCUUUGCCCGGCCAGAUUCACAAAGAAACGUAAUCUGGACAGUCACGUGCUAAUACACAUGGGUGAAAAGCCACACAAGUGUCCUGUAUGCGACAAAUGCUAUGCCUGGCGUCAAAGCCUCGGAUCGCACAUGCGCCGGUUGCACAGUGGAGUUGAGACCACCACAGUGGCAAGUGCAGACAGCGGGGUGGACAUGACGACGCCAGGUGGCUCUCCGACGACACUGCCUCCUGGCCAUUUAGGCAUGGAAAAAAAAGAACCAUCUGAGCAUGCAGCCCUGCAGCCAAGGAUCAUCGUGGUAACCCCACGGAAACGCAGAACUGAAACUUCAAACAAGACAGCUCCAGGAAUAUCUGAUGGCACUGUCGGAUCCCCGGCGAAGGAACCUGGCAGGAGUCACGAGUGUAGCGUGUGCGGGCGGGACUUUACGAGCAGGCAAUCUCUGAAGCAUCACCUGGUCUUGCACACCGGCGAGAAGAAGUACACCUGCCCCAUUUGUGGGCUGAAGUUUGCGCUGAAGAUCGGUGUCACCAGGCACCUGCGUGUCCACGCGAGUGAGAUGCAGUAUGCGUGCCCAUUGUGCCCGUCCAAAUUCUGCAGGAGGACAUCGCUGGAGAGGCACAAGCAGCUGCACGCAACUGGAGUGAGCCUGUGCCACUGCCCCGAGUGCGGCAAGGCCUUCAAGCAGGCGAAGGCCCUGCAGCAGCACCUGAACUGGCACAAGGUUGUUAACCGGCAAAAUGUUGAGACACCGUACAAGUGCCACCUGUGCCCGGCCACCUUCGUAGGGAACUGUGCUCUGGCCAGGCAUGCCCUGGUGCACACAAGUGAAAGGCCGCAUAUCUGUCCCGUGUGCCAGAAACACUUUUCCUCAAAGAGUGACCUCACAGUGCACGUGCGCCAGAUACACGGUGAAGUCGAGACCCCCAUGGCAAAUGCCGACAGCAAGGGGGAGAUUGCGAUGCCAAGUAGCCCUCCGACCACAAUGCCUCCUGCCAUGAGUAUUGACGUCAAGGCAGAGCCAAGUAGCCCUAAGACCAUGCUGCCUCCUAUCAUGACAAGUACUGACAUCAAGUCAGAACCAAGGAGCCCUAUGACUACGUUGCCUCCUAUCGUGACAUGCGUUGACAUCAAAGCAGAACCGAGUAGCCCUACGAGCUCACUGCCUCCUGAGCACAUUGACAUGAAUGAAGAAAAUGAAGAAGCACCAUCUGGGCCAGCCACCCUGCAGCAGUGCACUAUCUCCGUAACCCCAGAGAUAAGCAGCACUAAGAUUUCGAGAGACGUAAUCAUCACAGAUAGCAACACAGGAAUCCCUGGUGGUGCCAUCGUGGCUUCAGUGACGCAGGGCAGCAGGAGCACCGGCAUCAACGAAUCUCUUGAGUGCAGCGUAUGCGGCCAUCGUUUCGAGCUUGUGGGUGACAAGGCCCAUGCAUGCCCUGUGUGCAAGCAGCCGUUUGCCGAGGAGCACUCACUCACGACUCAACAGCUCACGCACUCUGUCGAGAAACUGUUCCCCUGUUCAACGUGUGGGCAGCUGUUCAUGCAGAGUCACCUUGCUAUGCACGAGCACUCCCACCAGCACAAGAAGUCUUUCCAGUGCAGCCACUGCUCAGCUAUAUUAGCGAGCAAGAAGUCACUCAGAAUUCACAUACGAACGCACACUGGCGAAAGACCGUACAAGUGUGACAUUUGUAGCAAGCAGUUCAAAGAAAACAGGGCACUAGUUAAGCACCACCGCAGUCACAUGGAUGAGAAGAAGUACAGAUGUGAGGAGUGCCCAUCCAAGUUUCACCACAAGAAGUCCCUGGACAACCACAAGGAGCUGCACGCAAGUGGAGUAGACCUCUACCACUGCCACAAGUGUGGCAAGACAUUUAUUCGAGAGAGGAACCUGAAGCUGCAUUUAUGGUGGCACACAACAGAGAAGCCCUACGUGUGCCACCUGUGCCCGGCUAAGUUUACAUUGAAGUCCCAUGUGGAGAAUCACAUGCUUGUACACACAGGAGAAAAACCAUACAAGUGCCCUGUGUGUGAAAAGCCGUUUGCCCGGUCCGACGCAUGUGCAAAGCACAUGUGUCGUAUGCACAAUGAGGCAAAGCUUGAUGUGACAGGCAUUAACUACAGGGCGGCGCUUUCACCUCCGAACAGCAAUUCCAGCACACCAUGUAUUGAAAGAGCUGACAGAGGCUUCACGAUGAUGGACAAUUUGAUUACAAGUGAUGUAAGCAGCAAUUCCAGCACACCACAUGUUCAAAGACCUGACGAUGACUUCGCAAUGACGAAUGAUUUGAUUACGGGCAACGUAAGCAGCAAUUCCAGCUCACCACUUGUUGAAAGAACUGAUGGGGACUUAACGAUGAUGGACAGUUUGAUUACAGGCAAUGUAAGCAGCGAUUUCAGCAGACCACUUGUUGACAGAACUGACACAGACAUCACGAUGGCAGGUGAUUCAAUUACGGGUGAUGUGCAGUUGUAAUCAGGUGCUGCUGCCUGCUUUGCUUUAUUAAACAGGAUCAGCACAGUUGAUAUGUGUCUAAUAGCAUAAAAGAAGCUUUAGCUUGGUGGCUUGUAUCUGUACAAGCGAAUGGAAGAAUAAUUUUUCUAGGCAACCACUGGACCGAAUCUGAUGUCUUGUUGCAUUUAAAAAAGAAUGUUACUAUGUAGUGCCUGUUGGAAGCCAAAUUUUUAUUUAGGGUGGCAAUCCUUUUACAACAAUUAUUCAGAAUCGAAAAAUUUCAGAAAAUGACACCAUCACGUUUUUAACUCUAACUCAGCAAUGAAAAAUGAUAGCCGAUUAUGUUAAUUGUACCUCGUAAUACAUCUAAAGCAGACAAAAAUGGUGUAUUGUACACUGCUGUGAAGUAUAGACUUAUUACGUGAGUGCAUUUGAAAAGCAGGUAUGAAACUCUAUUAUGCAUUGUUUGUCCAAAGUUAUCAGUAAAACAAGGCGACUGAUGCUCUGUAUUGCACCUAAAAUUAAUUGCUUUUGUCUUGACACAUGUUUUAUCAAUGCCAUCACCUUCAAAGAGAGAUUGUGUGCGAACACACAAGCAGCCCGCAACAUGUGGAAAAAAAUGCGCGACAUGCAAUCCGGGAUGGUCGACUGCGUGCCUUAGACCAAGGCUUCUUGCUGCCACCCAUCAUAGAUGGCGCCACUGGUACAUCCCAAGGCAGCAGCACAUGAGGCGGUUAUAAAACAUGCGAAAGAUGCGAAGAAAGAUAUUCGCUAUAAAAGAAAAGUGUGUGAAUACCAUCGGCGAUUAUUGUAAAUGUAAGCAAAUAGGUGGUAUCCAAAACCAGAUGUCUAUGAUGUGUCUCUGGCUCCCGAAAUCUCUUCUGCCAUAUUCAACCAGCAAAAGCAUAGCCAUUAAGAUCCAUUAAGAAAGUGCCACCUUUUGGGGUGUGGAUCAAGGAAGUUAUAUACUUACUGGAGUGGAGGUAGCUCUCCACAAAUGAAACUGGUUGCCACUGUCUUGCUAGAGGCAAAAAUCCCGAGCCGACACGGCUGCCGUAGCACAGUGUGGAGGGCGUUUGUAGUGUUUGUUGACUGUAUGCAGUCGGGACAGUGUUUAACUGAUUGUGGCAUGCUCUCCGAGGGCAUUACAACAUCUUAGUUGGUCAUAUGGCUGCACCAAUCAUGUAAAUUAGACGCCUCUGGUAUAACAUUCCAGCUGUAAUGUAAGCUCUUGUUUGCUCAUGACUGGAUGUUACGCAUAUAUGUUUGCUUCAAUUGGUAGCAGUUAGGAUGAUGUUUGUACGCACAGUUAAGAAAUUUAUGCAUCAAGUAGUCACUGGCACGCCACUGCAUAUGGUACUAUGUAGCGCAGCUGGCUUUGUUUGUGACAAUGUUAUCUGUUGUGGUUUGCACGUAUUGUGCAGUGCCUGUGUUUGUAAUAUGAAAAACAGUGAGAGGGGUGCGCUGGAAAAAUGAGGGCUUCAUUUAUGACGAAAGGGAACAGUUGCAAGUAUAGCACUCAUCCAGCCAGAACUAUCAAUAAAUAAAGUGAAUUGAAAUUGUAA